AUGUUCAAACAGUCAUUGGAUAUAUCACAGCACAUCAAUUUCUCCGGGGCCUUGAAUUUCUUAACGACAAUCCAGUUGUCGCAGGAAAUCAGGUCCAAAUACCCGUCAUACGAGCUCGAAACCAUGAACUUGUCGUUGCUGCUCACCUUCAAGUCGGAGAUCAGCUUGCUGUGUGCAAUGAUGUUAUGUUUGGGCUUGCGGUUGUUCCGAAUAUCCCAGACUUUCAAGUUCGCGUCUCCACCGCCUGUUAAGAGCUCGUACCCAUUCUGUCUCCAAUCCAUACCAUAUAUUCCCUUGGCAUGGUCCUCCAUCACCCAGAUUGACUUUCCAGUUCUCAAGUCCCACACUCGUCCAAUGGCGUCGAGUCCUCCGCUCGCAAUUAGCGACCCGUCCGGUUGA